AUGGGUGAUCAUGAAUCGUCUGAUUCACCAAAUAAGAGAUAUAAUACGAGACCGAAGUCAAAAACUAGUUUCGAAGCAAUUUUAAAUAAAUAUGAUGAUAUUGAAAGUGAAUUUGCACCAAAGCCUUCCAAAAGAGGACGGCCUCCAGGUAGCGGGAAUUCCGCAAAGAAUCAAGCUAUGUCCAAAUCCCAAAAUUACAUUCCUCAAUUUUACCAAAAUAAUAUGCAGAUUUAUCAAAACAAUAUGGGAGGUUAUCAUCUUCAAGGUAACAUCCCAAAUAUUCAAUAUCAAGUUCCAACACAAUAUCCUCCUUAUAACCCUUAUAAAUUUACUCAAGAACAAAUGAACCAACAGAGUUUUAAUAAUAGAAUGACUCAACCUAACUUCGGAUACAUGUAUCAACCUAAUGUGCCUCAAAAUGUCCCACCUCAAGCUCAGUUAAUGUAUAAAUCUGGCCCAUACCCAGUUUCAUCUAACAUUCCUAUGCAAUACAGGCCUAAUGUCAGCCCAGUAAUGUCACAGAUGCAUUACGAAACUAAAUUUAUCCCUCCUAUUCAACCACGUCAACACCCUCAAACUCAAAUGGUUCAACCUCAACCUGUUAGAGGCGCUCAACUUCAUGGACAAUUGGAACAACAACCUAAACGUCACCCACAAGUGCCACAACGCCCUCAAAUGAUUAAUCAGAAUUAUCAUUAUGGCACCUAUUCCAUUCCUAAAUCUCCCAUAAUGGAUAAACCGCCAGUACAAAUGAAUCAAAUUGACAAGCCUACACCGAAUGCUUCUUUAAUACCCAAACAGCCUAUACAAAUACCAAUAAUGGCUAAACCUAUUUCAGAGACACAACAAACUGAGAAAACUAAAUUGGAAACCGCACAAAUUACUGAUCCUGAGUCAGAAGCUGAUUUAAUUCGUAAAAGGAUGAAGUUUACAGGCGAAAUGCCACCAGUAAUUAUGAACUCACAAACAUAUGGGUAUUUUUUAACACCACCGCAAAUUUCUGAGGAACAAUUACAGGAACCGGAUACCAACGGAAUCCAAAACUAUUUUAACGCGGUUGAUGUUAUCCUUAAGGAUAUUUCCAAGAGCUCAAUGAGUAAAAAUAUGGAUAGUUUAAUGCCAAGAAUUACAAUUACAGGGUCAUUCAACUUAACAAAUUUAGAUAAAUUUGUCGAGUUUAACUAUCUACUUACACCUAAUGUUUAUAAACAAGUCCUUGAUUAUUUCAACUCUCUCGGCGAAUCAAAUAUCGAGUUCCCAGUUCUACUCAGCACAUCAUAUCGCAAAUCUUUAUCGAAGUCGCUUUCAUCGCAGUCAUUUUCAACACAGUCGGAUUCAGAUAAAUCUCCGUCUGAAACCCCAAAUAACUCACAAUCAGAUUCUGCUAAUUGUUAUACUGACCAACUCGAUUCCUCCAACGAAAAACCGAAUCAAGAUUCACAUAAAGUUAAUAAAGAUUUGAAUAAGUCACAAGAUGGCGUGUUGGAUAAACCUGAGUCACCCAAAAUUAAGUUGCAACUAAGCUCGCCAAAGAAUAAACCUCAGCCCGGGACUCAAAAGACUAAAUCUGACGAGUUUCAGGCCUACUUCAAGUCUAACAAGAUCAAGUUGACCCGAGAAAACAACGUUCUUCCAAUAACAUUCGAAUCCUUAAAAGAACUGACUCCUCAGGAAAUUAAUCAAUUUUUUGGUCUCUUGGAUAAAAACAUUUGUAAAGUUAUCAGAAGUGAAGGCGUUCAUAAGUCAAUAAUUAAAAGCGUGAUUAUCUCAAACAAUGAUUUAAAAAGCCACUACCAAGUGUGUUACUCAAAGGACAAAAAAAGCUCGUUUGCCUUAAAGUACCAAUUCGCUUCUUUCUUUGCAAAUGACUUUUUUGAUAAAAGAGUCCCAUUCUUCACAGCCGUUGAUUUUGAACAUCGUGACCCGUCAUUCCUCCUGCAUUCCAAGCUAGGGACUAAAAAGAAUACCAACUCGUUCAUCUACUAUGCCAAGGUUUCAAGAUCAUUCGACGCCUUUAUUUACAAGCUUUAUGCUCACGUCAGGUUUGAGCUCUCGAAACUCGUUUCUGAGCUUGAUUUGAACGCCAAGAACCCAACUCACCAGCUUUCCAUCAGGUGCUCACUCUCCAAUGUUCCAAAAAUCCUCAAUAUGAUUCACUCUAACAAUUAA